AUGCUCUCCAGUGUCUUUCUCAUGCAACCUGUUGGACAAGCUUUGGCUCAACUGGUGGGCCUCUUGGUGUUGCUUGGUUUCAACAACUCCAACAACUUCCAGGCUCUGCAAUGUGGUCUUAACACGGCAAACGCAGAAGAAUGCCGGAGGGCUGUCGACGGCAUUUGGCGCAUUGUCAUCGGCUCGGGCGCGAUUCCCGCCCUCCUCGCCAUAAUUUUCCGAUUCUUUCUGUUUGAUUGCGGCCUAUACAGCCUCGAGGUCCGAAACAAACCCGCUGUAGCCAUUAUGAACACUCAAAGAAUAUAUGGUGCGCCUGUGAGUGGCACUCUCGGAAGCACCUUUCAGAUGCAAAAUCAAAACGGCAUGCAGCCUGAACUACCCCCUAGACCAAUGACGAUUCAGUUCUCCAAGGAAGAUCUGUACAACUACUUCAUCAGGGAUAAGAACUGGCAUUAUUUGCUAGGAACAUCCAUGACGUGGUUUGUUCUUGACGUUAGUUUCUACGGCCUCUCCCUGGACAAUAGAAGAACUUUGUCAGAUAUGUGGGCAACCAGAGACCCCGUACCCAUUGACGAGAAUCUGAAGUGCUGGAAGUCGUCGAUCCCUGGAGGCAAUUCAACUGUCCCGCAGUGGAAGCAGACGGGCGUUCCCGUAUGGCAAACCGACGUCUUGCACCCGUGCGCUACCAUUUACGACGUUUUAGUUGAGCAGACGAAGCAGUAUCUGCUGACCGUCUCUCUUGCUUCCAUCGCUGGAAGCGUUUGUUUCAUUUAUUUUGCAAACCGAUUGCCUCGUCGACACUGGCUGACUGCCUCUUUUCUUAUACUGACGGUACUCCUCAUGGUCACUGGGGGCGUUUACUAUGGAGUCCACCACUCAGCGGCUGCCCCUGCUACAGUUGUAUUUGUUGCCAUCAACCACUUCAUUUUCAACUUUGGAGCAAACACAUUGACCUUCAUUAUUCCGGCCGAAAUCUUCCCCACGUGCUACCGCUGCACAUGCCACGGCAUCUCUGCGGCAUCUGGAAAACUAGGCAGCAUCGUAGCUGUCCUAGUUGUAUACGGCAUCAACUCUGCCUACAAGAGCGAAAGUAGACAGGGCCUCAUCUUCCUCCUCUUCGGCUCGGUAGCAGCCAUGGGCGCCGUAUUUUCAUGGCUGUACCUCCCUGAUUCGCAGCGUGUGAUGGAAGACGAAGGAAAGAGGUUCUUGGAAACAAAGGAUCUGGAAGAGUUGGGAGAAGGGCGUGAGAGGGCCCGGCUGAAUGGCGAGUCGAUUACAACUCGCGAAAAAGUGGGAAAAUUUGAAACGAAGACGACCACUGCGUCCACGCAACGCAUCGACAGCGCCAUGAACCUAAAACUGUAA